AUGUAUUCAAUCGCCUUGACAUUUCGAACCCUUCUACAGGAGUAUCUCUCGAGCUCACUGUCUGUACCGUUUGCCAACAAGGAACAGCCACCGCCAAUAGGACAGCCGCGGUCGAUUCAUAUUUUGUCAGAAAGAUCCCUGUGCCCUUUUGAAGAUCUACCCCCUGCCUAUGAUCCCUCAACAUGGUGGUUAGAUGGCCAAAUCCCCGCGCAUCCUCGACUAUGUGAUGAGGAAAGAGUUCGAUUCCAUAUAGAGGCCAUCAAGAAAGCACUGUUUCAAUAUAUUUUGGAAGGGUGCAAACUCCUUCUGGAGAGAGAAAACAACAAUUUGCUGCUCUCUUCAAUAAAACAACAUGAAUCGCUUUGGAAAGCAGCGGUCUCGGCACAGAAAUACGGAGUUGUAUACCUAGCCGCACGCUCAGAAUGCCGAGAGGAAUUUCUGCCAACGAUACGAUGCAAACUCUCUCUUUUUGCCGAGGUCGAUACUUUCCUGUCUUACAACAACAAUGCUAUUCGGGCUAUCAAUUAUGGUGUCCAUGAACUGGUGAAAAGCUCAACCUUCACUGUGGACUACCAGACAAGACUCAUUCCUCCAAACGCCAUAUCAGCAAUUGGCAUCAGACACAUUGCCGUCCGAGCAAAGGAUUUCCAAGAAGCAAGUACUUGCAUGCUUGACAAUUACUCUCCUAUUUGGGAUCUCCAUGAUUUCGCCCACCUCUCGGCGGCAUCGGUAGCCCCAAAUCUAUAUGGGUCGAAAUACUUCACGGAUCUCAUUAAGCUCCCAUCUAAGCUGACGGCCUUGAUUCGUAGUCCGAAAAUGAAGACCGCGGAGCCUGAUCCUCUGUUCUCGGAUGGUGUUGUCUUCAGUGAGCUUCUCACGCCCUUGUUUACAUCUGAGAUAGAGGCGGCGCAAAGGCAGGAGAGGGUGCAUACCUAUAUUUCCCUUACCGAUAUUUUGGCCGAAUAUGUUGCAGAUUAUCUUAUGGGCAUGCGUGAGCUCCAGCAUCUGACUACUGGUGCAAUGCUGAGAGUGAAAAGUUCCAUACGCCCUGUUGAGUUGGCAACUCUCGUGCAGAACAAGAACUAUGAAUUGGUAGCGAGCGAGAUUGAACAGCGGGUGUUUACGAGAGGGGGUCCUGUUGGGGACUCUAAGGAUGACCUGGACAAAAUGUCGGGGCUUGAGAAAAUCAAAUUUCUUGCGGGGUGUCGGAGGUGGUUAUAUUUUGAAAUGAGAAAUACCAUUAAGCAUCGCGCCCACAAGCUUGCUUACCAGAAAGUGGCUGAGCGUAUGCUUGCAGCGGAUAAUGGAGCAUCGAUCACAGCCAGCGAUCGUGUCCUGCUAACAAAGGUUCUAGAGAAUAUUCGCUAUCAAGGAUGGGAAAAAGAUGAAGUAGUUAAUCUUUGGCAAAUGUGA